GUUGUAGUGUUUCCAUGACGAUGUGUGGAGCUUUAUGGUGUAGUGGUAUGGGAUAAAGGUAUGCUAGCUUAUAAUUAUGUACAUGUACAAGGUGUUCGUGAUAAGGGUGCGUGUUUUUAUAGACGUUGUGGUAGAUAAAUGUGGGCCAGUGUACACAAGAGAAUCCUCAACUUCAUUCUCCUGCUGGGAGAGCUGAGUGGUGUGAGUGGGUGUGAUGACCGAGUGUCCUCCCUCCUCCCCCUCUGUGCUGAGACACUACGACACAGACACUACCCUCAACACAUCAACCUCCUAGAGACACUGCUCAAACUGAGCAGUGACAAUGCCUGGUGCACUCUCCCCUUGAGUGGACUGUCUCACCUCACUCUGUCAGCUGCUGGGGAGGAUGAUCCUCAGAGGGAGAAUAGAACAACACAAUCUAAUGUUAACAAGGAUUGUCUGAAACCAUACGUGGGAGGACUGAUCACCAAGUUGUGGAUGACCACUACAUUCCUCGUCUUAUCUUCAUCUUGUACUUCACUCAAAGUUACCUUCUCCUCUGGUAUUGAUCCCCUGGAAUGGCUGUAUUUAGGGAGAUUCAUUGUAUCCAUGACAACCCAGCUCACAGUAAAUGUACUCGUGUGGUUCACUGGUCCCCAAAAUGAGGAGGGGAGGAUGUAUGACUCACACUAUCACAAGCCGUGGGAGAAGAGUGAGGUUGCCUGCCCAAGUCGCUGGGUGAGGGAGUGUUUAAGAGCUGCAUCUUCUAUGAACUGAGCAGUGACAAUGCCUGGUGCAGUUUGCUGGAGUGGACUGUCUCACUUCACUCUGUCAGCUGCUGGAGAGAAUGAUCCUCAGAGGGAGAAUAAAACAACAUAAUCCAAUGAAUCUUGACAAGUCUGAAAGAACAGUAUACAAUGUACAAUUAUAUAGCUUGUUGUUUUUCUUACAUUUGAAGCAAUAUAAUUAUGUGUACGUUUACUCUUUGUUCAUCAAUUUAAAUAUGUGAACAGAUGCAGCUAUUGUUUGCAUUGUUCUCAAUUAUACAUAUCCGAUGCUGAAUAUAAACAAUGCCAUUAUUAUUUUAUGAAAGUUGCAAAUAACAA